AGUAUGCCAUCGUUUCCUCAUCUACCAAACCGGUCUGGAAGAUCUAUCGGGCGCUCCGAGCUGGCCUAUGGGCAAAGUCAAAUGGUGACGUGAGCUUGGAGGCGGGAUGCGCGACCGGCGUUCAACCGAAAAAGUUGCAGAUCACGAAGCUUGGCACGCAGCAUGCGCUGGCUGGCCAAAGUCAUUCCGAUCACAAUUCGUCGCCCUCAUGUCCCGCUGCAAGGGGAAAGCUGCGAUCGCACUGAUCUCGACUGCGCGUGAGGAGCCAAGCGCCUUUUGCAGUAUUCACAUUGGUCGACCCGUCGAGGCCUGUGUCGGUCGUGGAACUUCUUAUAGUGGUAUUAUUGUCGCCCACGCGCGCAGCACGUUCUGCGUCGGUUUCCCGGCGGUAGUAGUCACAGUCUUGACGUCGCGGUUAUUUGCACGGAAUGUAAUUCGAGAUUUGAAUGGUGAGUGGAAUUGUUUCGUGGAUGGUGCGGCUGUGAUUUUGGAGUUCGAUCACGACUGCAAACCUCCCGAUGGGUAUCGAUCUGCAGCUAUACGGAAGCAUAUGAAAGUUAUCGAGUGGUCAUGAGAUCGCCUAGGUGAAACUUCGACUCUGCGCAUUGAAGUUCCAUGUAUGAUAUCAUUCAUUAUUGCUCCACCAUUCUUGACACGGGAAGAUUCACGAUUCACAUUCCAGAUUGUAAUUGUACAAAGAGGGCCUCGCUUUAAUUGCAAUCAAGUGAAGCGAUCUGCCGUUUGGGAGCGCAAGUCGUGAGUGCACUCGAUCAGCAAGGACCCUUCCCGAACCUCUUCAGCUAUAUAUACUACUCAAGACUAUGGACGCCAAUCAAGCCAAG